AUGACUUCUAUUCAUUCUACUAUAGCAGAAAUUGAAGAACAUAACAAGCAUGUUAUAAAACCACCAGUGUUAAAUUCCCGUAAUAUAUCAAAAUAUUUUUCCACCAGAUUUUCUUCUUUAUUCGUACCAAGUGAAGAAUUACAACAAUAUUCAAAAUCAGAGAUCUUCAAUCCUUUCCGUUCUUUGCACGAAUUAAACAGAAGGCAAUGGGCAUUUUUCUGUGUUGGUUUCUUAGGGUGGACUUGGGAUGCUUUUGAUUUCUUUGCUGUCUCAUUAAAUGUUUCUAAUAUAGCAGAAGAUUUGAAUAAAUCCGUCAAAGAGGUUACUUGGGGUAUUACUUUAGUUUUAAUGUUAAGAUCAGUGGGUGCUGUUUUAUUUGGUGUUUUAUCGGACAGAUUCGGAAGAAAGUAUACUUAUAUAUCAAAUCUUGUUAUCUUAACCAUCCUUCAAAUCGGAUGUGGAUUUGUUAAAACUUACAAGCAAUUUCUCGGAGUUCGUGCUCUUUUUGGUAUUGGUAUGGGUGGUCUUUUCGGUUUAGCAGCUGCCACUGCUUUAGACGAUUGUCCUAAGGCUGCCAGAGGUGCCAUUUCAGGUUUGUUCCAAGAAGGUUAUGCUUUCGGAUAUUUAUUGGUAGUUUGUUUCCAAAGAGCUAUCGUUCAUAACUCACCUUAUGGAUGGAGAUCUCUUUUCUGGUUCAGUGCCGGACCCCCAGUAUUAUUUGUUCUUUGGAGAUUAUGGUUACCAGAAACUGAUGGUUACAUUCAACAACAACAAAGAUUAAAAUUAGAAGAACAAUUUAGAGCUGAACAAGACUUACCUCCAAAAAAGUUCUUCGAAUUCAGUGAUUCAGCUAAAAAAGCUAUGAAAACUUAUUGGUUGAUGUUCAGUUACAGUGUAAUUUUAAUGGCUGGUUUCAAUUUCAUGUCUCACGGAUCACAAGAUUUAUACCCAACUUUACUUACAGUUCAAUUAAAUUUUGGUGAAGAUAGAUCCACAGUCACCAACUCAGUCGCUAAUUUGGGUGCCAUCUUGGGUGGUUUCCUUGUGGGUCACUUUUCCACAUUUGCUGGUCGUAGAUUAUCUAUCAUGGUAUGUUGUGUUGUUGGUGGAGCUUUAAUUUAUCCAUGGGCUUUUGUCAGAAAUUCAGGUAUAAACGCAGGUGCUUUCUUCUUACAAAUGGCUGUUCAAGGUGCUUGGGGGGUCAUUCCAAUUCAUUUAUCAGAAUUGGCUCCUCCUCAAUAUAGAGCUUUGAUUACUGGUUUAUCAUAUCAAUUGGGUAAUCUUGCAAGUUCUGCCUCUUCUACUAUUGAGGCUACUAUUGGUGAAAGAUUCCCAUUAGGUGGUGGUCAUUACGAUUAUGCCAAGACCAUGUCUAUCUUCAUGGGAGCAGUAUUUGCAUUUGUAUUGGUUGUGACCUUCUUGGGUCCUGAAAAUAGAGGAGCAGAAUUCGAUAUCGAUAGAGAUGAAAAAGUUGAAGUUGUGAACAAAGAGGACGAAAUUGAUAGCUUAGACGAAGCUAAGCAAUAUGAUGAAAGAAGAGAAAUUGUUUGA